AAAGCCAUUGGCUCAGACUACUGUCCAUCAGCCUGCUGUCAUGCCCCGCCCCCUCCAUGUGACCCGGAAGUGCUGGCAGAGGCUGCAGAGCAGGAACGUGAGUUGCUGGCAGAGUGUUUCCCACUGCUGGGGUGCUGCACUCAGUUGGCCAUGUCAGCUCGCUGUAAGGCGCAGACCCUGCAAGUGAUAGACACGGAAUACAGCGCUGACGCUACGGAAUGGUGCCCCCUGCAGGACUGGGCGACUAUCCUGGCCUGUGGGACCUACCAGCUAAAGAAACCGGAGAGCAAGCCCGGCGAGGAGGAGAGCGACGACCCCCACACCCGCCUGGGGCGUCUCUACCUGUAUCACUACUCCCCCCAGCAGAAGUUUUCUCCCGUGACGGAGCUGCAGAGGCUGGAGAUGGCUGCCAUAUUGGACAUGAAAUGGUGCCACCUACCCAUCGCCGGGCACCCCACGCUGGCCAUUGCUAAUGCCAAAGGGGCACUGGAACUGUACAGGCUCACAGGCAGCAGGGAGAGCUGCGCCGUUGAGCUUGCACUCAACAUGGAGGUGGGACAGGAAUGCCUCGCUCUGUCGCUGGACUGGUCCACUGGGCUCAGAGAGGGCGGUUGCCCCAUAAAGAUCAUCUGCAGCGACUCGAGGGGGCGGCUCAGCCUCCUGCAGCUGGAGGGCAGGUCCCCCUCGCUGGAUGUUCUGUGCCAGUGGGACGCCCACGGGUUCGAGGCCUGGAUCGCGGCCUUCAACUACUGGAACUGCAAUGUGGUCUAUUCAGGGGGAGACGACUCUUUGCUGAGAGUGUGGGACACCCGGGCGCAACCAGAUCGGCCGCUGUUAAGCAGUAAAAGACAUUCUAUGGGAGUGUGCAGCAUCCAGAGUAACCCACACCGGGAGAAUGUCCUGGCUACAGGGAGUUACGAUGAACAUGUCCUUUUGUGGGAUACGAGGCAGAUGAAGCAGCCGGUGUCGGAUACCCACGUUCAGGGGGGGGUUUGGAGGCUAAAAUGGCACCCAACACACAGUAACCUGCUCCUCGCUGCCGGCAUGCACAGCGGAUUCCACAUCCUGGACUGUGACUUUAAAUCAGACGAGUGCCCAAUCCUAACGUCGUACGUUCUGCACAACUCUUUGGCCUACGGAGCUGAUUGGGCCAGACUGUCCCCCCAGCCCUCCCUGCUGACCAAUCAGGAGGCAGCGGCAGCAGCUCUGCCCCACAGGGAAUCAGCAGGGAGCAGCCGAACUCAGAACCUCGAUCGAUCCAAUCAGAACCUGAAGAUUUUCUACGAGUCUCCCACCGCCAGUUUCGACGUGGUGCUCGAGGACGAGUCUGGCGAAUACGUGCCCGAAACUGCCCCUUUGCAGAAUGAGGCCCCCCUACCUGCAGAGUUGGCGGGGGCUGUAUCCGAGGUAACAGCGGUGCCCGAUUACGCCCCUCCGGAAAGCAGCGUGUUGGCCACUUGUUCCUUUUACGAUCACAUGCUUCACGUCUGGCGGUGGGAGUGGCAGCGGGCGCGGCCCCCGGAGUGACCCCACGGACCAUGGGGGGGGGGGGGGGGAUUUUAUAACCGUGACUACCUCUAACCAACCAGCAGGGACCAACGGACCUUCCAUAGUUUGGGGGGGGGGGUCACAAAUGGUUUCCAUAUGUAGAAAUGGGCAGUAACCCCAUAACAACCAAUCAGUGAUUGGCUUUUUUUCAGCCAGCUGCAUGUAGAACAAUGAAUGCAACAAUUUGAUUGGCUGCCAUAGGGUGCUGACAAAUGACCCCCAUGGACUCCAGCAAAUUGUACUCUUUCCUUGUGCCCCCGACCCCCCCAAUUACCCCCCGACCUCUCCCCCCAACAUCACCGCCACUGACCCCCCCAAUUCCCCCUUUGACUCCCUUCCCAUAUACCCUGCUUAUUCACUAUAGGAUCACCUUUAUUUUUAGUUAACAGUGAUAUAGAAAUUGAUAUUCUGAGACAAUUUCAAUUGGUCUUCAUUUUUUUAUGGCUUUUCAGUUAGUUCACUUUUUGUCCAGCAGCUGUCCCGUAUGGAAUUUUAGCAGCUAUUUGGUUGCUAGGGUCUUGUUUACCUUAGCAACCAGGGAGUGGUUUGAUUGAGAGACAGGUAUAUGAAUAGGGGAGGGGCUGAAUAGAAAGAUAAGGAAUAAAAAGUAACAAUAACAAUAAAACUGGAGCCUCACAGAGCAAUAGGGUUUGGCUGCCGGGGUCACUGACCCCCAUGUAAAAAAACAAAUGUAAAGCUACAAAUUUGUUGUUAUCGCUACUUAUUAUUACUCGUCUUUCUAUUCAGGCCCCCUCCUAUUUAUUUUCCAGUUUAAAUCAGUGCAUGGUUGCUAGGAUAAUUUGGACCCUAGCAACCAGACUGCUGAAACUGCAAAGCCGCUGAAUAACUCAAAAACCAAUAGUGAAAAGCAAUUGCAUGUUGUCUCAAAAUAUUCUCUAUAUCGUACUAACGGUGAACAACCCCUUUAUGGUUUAGAGAUCCAAAUUACGGAAAAAUCCCUUAUCUGAAAAAUAUCCAGGUCCCUAACAUUCUGGAUAACAGGUCCCAUACCUGUAGGAGAGACCUGCGCAGGUGUGUUCGGGCAGACCCUUACUCAACCUGGACCCGCCCCCCUGCUGUGCCCCCUUCCCAGACCUGAAACCUGCCCCUACCUGCGAUGGGUUAACUUGCCUUUCAAAUCUAUGACCCCCAAUCCAGAAGUGAUGUCACCAUUGGCCGAAAGUGACAUCACUUUGGAGGCAGGUCAAAGACAGCAUUACCAUGAAGGGAGGGCGGGAACAAUUCUGCACCUGAGCCGGGAACCCGCGAACCUCCUGAUUGGUCAGGGAUUGGGGGACGCCCCGCCCAGGACCCUACCAUAUGGGCACCUACAUGAACCCUGUUGUGCUCUUCCAUAAUAAGCUGAGGAUAAAGCCUCCCUAUAAGAUAUAAUUCUUAGUAUUGCAGCAAUAAUUCAUACCUGAGAGGAGUGGGGAAGGGUUCAGCCCACAAGCAGGAAACAGCUCUGAGGGGAGGAGCUACUUCAUAAAUACUACAACAAACUUGCUUAACUUUCAGCACAAGGAUUAAACCUGAUUUUGUUCAAAUAUGAGUGUGAAUAAUUUUGAAGAUCCAGAAAGUGCUGUGAUUGGUUAGAAAUCCUAUGUUACCCCCCUGCAUUAUAUCGGAGGGUCCAACACUCUCAUACUGUCUGCUGGGAAAUGUCAGGUACAGAUUCACUAUACGGAGCCAAGGGCAGGAUUAUGGGUAGUUUGGGGGGGGCUAC